AUGAAAAAAGGUGGAAAUGCCAUUGAUGCAGCUGUGGCUGUGCAGUUUGCACUGGCGGUUGUGUAUCCGCAGGCAGGAAAUAUAGGCGGUGGCGGAUUUUUGGUGUAUCGCGACAGCUUGGGCGCUGUGGCUGCCCUCGAUUUCAGGGAAAAAGCACCGGCAGCCUCUACCGAAACGAUGUACCAAGACGCUGAAGGGACGGUCAUUUCCGAAAAAGCGCAGAUGGGUCACCUGGCAGGUGGCGUACCCGGCUCUGUAGAUGGCAUGUGGCAAGCCCACCAAAAAUAUGGAAAACUCCCUUGGAAGGACUUGGUGCAACCUGCUAUCGACUACGCUACGAAUGGUUUCCGAAUCACGAAACAAGAGGCGGACAACCUCAUUGCGGAACACAACGAUUUUCUCAAAUAUAGCACUUCCGGCUCGGCUUUUACGCAGAAAAAGGACUGGAAAGUGGGCAACAACCUUGUACAAUCCGAACUCGCAGCUACGCUCACACGCAUACGCGACCUCGGGCGCGAUGGGUUUUACGCGGGCGAAACUGCUCAAUAUAUCGUAGAGGAAAUGCAGCGUGGCAAAGCCAUAAUGACGCUCAAAGAUUUGCAAGAUUACGCAUCGGUGUGGCGCAAACCUAUCGAAUUUGACUAUAAAAACUAUCAUCUCAUCUCUAUGCCGCCGCCUAGUAGCGGGGGGCUGCUCCUUCAGCAGAUGCUGACGAUGGUAAAGCCGUUGCCGCUAGCUAGUUAUGGGUUUCACUCUUCCGAAGCCGUACACGCUAUGGUGGAGGCUGAACGUCGCGCAUAUGCCGACCGCGCCGCACACAUGGGCGACCCCGACUUCUGGAAUGUGCCUACAAUAAUCACCGAUUCCACUUAUUUGAACGAGCGCAUGCGGUCAUUCGACAAGGAUAAAGCGACCAAAAGCGCAGAAAUGGGCGCUGGAAAUAUAGUAGAGAGCGAGCAAACAACGCAUUUCUCCAUCAUUGACCCGCAAGGCAAUGCGGUAUCGGUGACCACUACGCUCAAUGAUAGCUAUGGCAGCCGCAUGGUGGUACGCGGUGCCGGUUUCAUUUUCAACAACGAAAUGGAUGAUUUCUCCGCCAAGCCCGGUGUACCCAAUAUAUAUGGUUUGGUAGGCUCCGAAGCUAAUCGCAUACAACCCGGAAAACGUAUGCUCAGCAGCAUGACGCCUACUAUUGUGCUGAAAGACAAUAAGUUACACUUGGUGGUUGGCUCUCCCGGCGGAGGCACGAUACCUACUUCGGUGUAUCAAGUGUUUUUGAAUGUGGCGGAGUUUGGCAUGGCACUGCCCGAGGCGGUGCAAUCCAAGCGUUUCCACCAUCAGUAUCUCCCCGAUACGAUUGUAAUUGAAAAGGCAGCACUUUCGCCGGAGACAGUCGCCAAACUC